UACCAAGGGACCUACGACAUCAGCCGAGAAAUACCCUGCAAGUACAAAAUCCGUGCGCCAGCCCCGUCCGUGCAGAGGGGAGACGCUCGCGUUCCGCCUGCUUUCUGCCGUUACCGAGAGCGCGCGAGGGGGGACUUUUCCAUUUUCUCUCGCUUUUUGAGGAUUUUAACGCAUUUUUAUUACUACUACUAUUAUUAUUAUUCGACCUGGGCCAUAGAGCGGAGGGAGAGAAAAAAACACUGGUUACUUUGGAGAAAGCACAAUGUCAGCGACCUUCCCCGGACUUGUCCACGACGCAGAGAUACGUCACGACGGAUCAAACAGCUACCGGCUCAUGCAGCUCGGGUGCCUGGAGUCCGUGGCCAACUCCUCGGUCGCCUACUCCUCCUCCUCCCCGCUCACCUACCCGGCGCCGGCGGGGACGGAGUUCGCCUCGCCCUACUUCUCGGCCAACCACCAGUACACGCCCCUCCACCACCAGUCCUUCCACUACGAGUUCCAGCACUCCCACCCGGCCGUGGCCCCGGAGGCCUACGGCCUGAACUCGCUGCACUCGGGCCAGUACUACCAGCAGAUCCACCACGGGGAGCCCGCCGACUUCAUCAACCUGCACAACGCGCGCUCGGCCCUCAAGUCCUCGUGCCUGGACGAGCAGCAGCGGCGCGAGCUCGGCUGCCUCGACGCUUACCGGCGCCAUGACCUGUCGCUGAUGACGUCACACGGCUCCCAGGCCUACGGUGUCGGCAUGCACCACCCGGACCAGAGGCUGCUGCCCGGAGCCGGUCUGGGUCUCCCUCCACCAUCAGACGACCUACAGGGCUCCGUGGAGGCGCAGUGUGGGCUCGUGCUGAACGGCCAAGGGGGCGUCAUCCGGAGAGGCGGGACAUGUGUGGUGAACCCUACAGAUCUGUUCUGCUCCGUACCGGGCCGCCUGUCGCUGCUCAGCUCCACCUCCAAGUACAAAGUGACCAUCGCCGAGGUGAAAAGAAGACUGUCCCCACCAGAGUGCCUCAACGCCUCCUUACUGGGCGGCAUACUUCGCAGAGCAAAGUCUAAGAACGGAGGCCGGUGUCUUCGGGAGAAGUUAGACCGUCUGGGCCUCAACCUGCCGGCAGGACGGAGGAAAGCUGCCAACGUCACUCUGCUCACCUCCCUGGUGGAAGGUGAGGCGCUCCACCUGGCGCGGGACUUCGGCUACACCUGCGAGACAGAGUUUCCCAGCAAGGCGGUGGGGGAACAUUUGGCGAGGCAGCACAGCGAGCCGAAAGAAACCAGCGCACGCAAGAAGAUGGUUCUGGCCACAAAGCAAAUCUGUAAGGAGUUCCAGGACUUACUGAGCCAAGACCGCUCUCCUCUGGGCUCCUCAAGACCCACCCCCAUCCUGGACCUGGACAUCCAGAGACACCUCACACACUUCAGUCUGAUCACUCACGGCUUCGGCACGCCGGCGGUCUGCGCGGCUCUCAGCACCUUCCAGACGGUCCUGAGCGAGAUGCUCAACUACCUGGACAAGAACUCGAGCGGGAAGACGAGCGGGCCGAACGACCAACAGAUCAACAACAGCUCGGAAAAGACGCAGCUCCGGAAAACAGCCGAGUCGCAGAGCAAAGACGGGAAAACGGAAAAGACUGAGUAGCCCCCCCACACCUGGUCCCCGUGCCUUGGAGCGCUACAUUUAGGAGUGUGUGUGUGUGCUCACGUGUGUGUGUGUGCCUCAUACGUUUUCUUCUUUGGGACAAUUCCUAUUUAUUUUUAAUUUAUUUAUCUUAUUUUUGACAAGUAACUCCAACCCGAAGUGUCCCAAACAAGACAUCCAGAUGAACGAGUGAUAACCCUGUUUGGCAGGGCGUGUGUUCAUAAGUGUGUCUGCAUAUGUGUGUGUGUGUGUGUGUGUGUGUGUGAGUGUGUGUUUGUAAUGACAGUGGAGGAGCCUCACCAUGGAGUCGGCUGACUCAUCCAGGACUGUUUAUACGUUUAUUUCUUUAUUCUGGAAACAGUAGACAUGCUGACAUCACAGUUUUCCAGUACUGGGGGGUACACUGCCAACACACGUUAUACAGGUGCACACACAAACACACACACGCACACACACACACACACACACACACACACACACACACACACACACACACACACUAGAGGGGUUCUUUUGGUAAUUUGAUCUCAACCCAGCUAUGUCAGGUGUUGCUUUUCUGCAAGAUACAAACAAUUGAAACUCUUUUGGUUGGUCCUCUGGAGGUUCAUUUUUUCUAUUUUUGUAAAAUCUCUUUGUUUUGUUUUUUUACCCAUUCUCAGUGAACUUCACCAAAAUUAAUUCACUUUUCCAACCACUUUUAAUACAUUCAAUUUGGGGGUGAUGUCCUGAUUGCAGCCCUUAAUCAAGCAUGUCGGAACGUGAAAGUCUAACAUCUUCCCAGAGCUCAAAGAGAAGUCUUCAAAUUGUUUCUUUUGUCAAACCAAAAGAAUCAAAAGACUUUAUUUAGAAAAAUGGAAAAAUCAACAAACUUGUUUUUUCAUUAGCAAAUGAUUGAAAUAUUUGUUUGAAAAAUCACCAAACUAUGAAAUGAUUAUCUAAAAAUGUGCUCUCUGAAUCACUCAUGUAAUAAACGGAUUAAUCAAUGCAGCUCAAAAACACAUAAAGUACAUUUGACCCCUCCCCCCUCCCUCCCCUGUACCUGUGAGAUCACCUGUGAGAUCACCUGAACUCCACCGAGCAGACUUUAUUUUGAUUUCUUUUUGUCGUACAAUCAGCGCCAGAGCAAAGCAACCAGUGUGUUUUUUCAAGAGACUGUUUCAGGAUGUGACACCACUGCCUGAGGUUAUAGGCUACACUGUGGUGUGUGUGUGUGUGUGUGUGUGAAUGUGUGAAUGAUAAAGAGAGAGACAGAGAGAGAAGGGUCCAACUCAGCCAUUUUGUAAAAGGUGACUCUGCGGUCGCCGUCGUUCCUCUUCCCUGUGCAUGUCUAUCUUUGUACACUCCCCCUGGAUCGCAAGUUUAGCCGACACGAGCUCUCCGAGUCGCCCAUGAACAUUUGUAAAGAUAUAUAUAAAUAUUUAAAUUACUUUUCUUGUAGGCUUUCAACUAUAUAUAUGUUAAAUCCCUACCUUCUAAAAUGCUGGUGUUCAAUAAAGACAGUUGCUACGUGUUCUA